CGUGAACUUAUAAUUGAGUAUUCCGUUACUUAGCUAAAUACGCAGCUUUUAUUCCCCGGACAUCAAAGAUCACACCGAAGAUGUGCUAAUUCUUAGGCUUGACUUUCGGAUCCGGUGUUUUACGAUUAUUAUUGUAUGUCCAGGUCCUCUCUGGUGACUUUUGAUGAUCAGCGCAUCUUUGAUAUAAUUCAUAAUCUCCAAAAAUUAAUCUCACUACACUUUGUGAAGCAUCCAGGUUCAUGAGCACAUAGGCCUUCAGAUCUAGAGCUGUGGCUGUAUUAGACGCUCUGGAUGACUCUUGCAGACUUCUAACCCCAGUCGCUAUACACCAGUUCACCUUGGUUUGUAAAUCCAAAAUAUAUCGUAUACUUGCCUUUAUGACGUUAUCGCCAGCAAAUAUCACACCAUCCCAUCACAUUCGUGCAUCUAUCACUGUCAGCUCCCACAUUACACGUGUACUCCAAGUACUCGUACCCAUUCUGGCACCGUUAUACCUUUCAAAUUCCCCUAUUCGCCAAUGUGGAGAAGCCUCUAAAGACAGAAAGCUAUGCCCUUCUAGCUCUAAGCUCCAAGUUCUUGAUUCCUGUAUCUGUAAUACUAGCAAAGCCAUAGCUGACCAGGAUUUUUAGCAUUAAUACAUGGUGGUAUUAAAUACGUAAACCAGAUAAUAAUUUGAUUCGAUGAUUACCAAAG